GGAGACAUGCAGAAGGGAAAGCAACAUGCCAGGAAUGAAGAGGUUAGGUUUACGUGUAUUUGCUUUCUGUUGCAGGGAUUUAAUAUCUGUUGUCCUUCUUAGAAAGGGUCCGUAUUAAAGAAGCUAUGUGAAUAGCAAAUUACACGAGAAAUUUGUCGGAAAUCAAGGCUUUUUUAAUACCAUGGACUGGUGGGGCAUUUUCCCCACUGGGCCCCUUUGUCUGCCCCACCACUGAAGAAAAAAUAUGGCCUAUUGCCCCAAAGUCAGGGCCCUAGGACCUGUAUUGAGUAAAUGAGUUUAACACUGAAAAUAAUUUUAUGUUGAGUUUGAAUGUUUAGCAUGCAAUUUAUUACAAAUUUCACCGUUAAAACUUCGUUUUGAGAAGCUGAGAUUUUUUUUAAAUGUGUUUUCAGAAUGUAGGAAAUGCUAUUUCAGAGACCCAAAUUUUAAAAAUUUCCUGGUAGGGGCAUGCCCCCAGACCGCCUAGCUAACUCGUGCCUGCGGUACUCGGCUCACACCUGCGAUCGCAUACCAUCUUGGAGGGAGGGCAAGGAAAAUGGGCCCUUUGGCAGUUUUGCCCCACCACUGAAGAAUCCUUAAAAAAUGCACUGUCGGAAAUUGUCCGUAUUAAAAAGACGUUAGAGAGUAUUAGAGUUGGGGAGUAUUAGAGUAAGAAGGUUAAGGAGUAUUAGAGUUGUCCGAAUUAAAAAGGCGUCUGUGUUGGAGAGUUGUCCGUCUAUAUAUUAAGCCAUCUAAUCGCAUCAACUUGGUGAUGUUGAAUCCCCAAACUAAAUUACGGGAAACACUCCGUAUUUUGCCAAAUACAAAACAAUAAAGAGUUUAAGAUCUAUGAUGCGGCAAGUCAACGACGCACCUUCAAAACAACGAAAUUCUGCAGCACAAGAUAUAUGAAUAAUUUGUGGUCCCAUGGGGCAUGGGUGUAUCCUCAAUAGCUGUAUGAAAACGACUGCUGACGCCACACUAUUCCUGUUCAUCAAUUUAUGGCGAAAUUUCCAGUUCAGAUGCCAGAAUCGUACACGGCUAGUCGUAUGGUGUAGAUAUGCCUUAAAAAGGAGAAGGAGCAAUUCAAGGGAGUUAUUAGAAAGGGAGGGCUAAAAAUAAAGAAUUUACCCCUCUGAAUUUACCCGAAAGCUAUCCAACUUUAAUGUCAGUCAGUCCAGUUUUAUAUUGAGGUCACUAGCCCAGCCUAAUCGCGGGCUAAGGGUUAAUUCCAAGAAAAUUAAAACGAACGCAAACUUUCUCUUUGGCAGUACAGUAUUUGUGGUAAGAUUUUAUGCGAUCAUUUCGUUGGAAAGAAGACACAAAUAUGUUAUCUUGAAUUGUGAAGUAAGAAAGAUUUAAUUGAAAUGGCAAGUGCUUCAUCAGAAAGUGUUCCUGUUGAUGAAAUCAACGAACUACUCACAUGUUGCAUGUGUUUGGAAACCCUACAAGAACCACGAAGCUUGGCUUGCUUUCAUAAUUUUUGUAAAGUUUGUUUAGGUGAGUAAUAUUUUCUUUGUUUAAAAGGUAUACUUGACACAUGCUUUGCGUGGAUACUUUACAGUUUAAUAAAUAAAAUACCCGAGUAAUGCAAGUUUUAUUUUUGCGCAAUGAAUGCCUCCCUGCAUGGUGCAUUAAUUGCGCGGAAGUGAAGGGCAGUAUUGUAUGCAUAGCCAGGCCGUCACUUACAAUACUAAAUUCUGUUUUUGUGUAAUAAUCUUCCUCUCAACAGAAAGUAGACGAAAUAAAUGCAUUAAUUCGUGAAAAAUACGCAGAAUUUGUAGGAUUUCGUUAAAAAUGCGCGGACAGAAGUCACAAAUGAAAUAUUUGUGCUGGGAACGCCUUAUAUAUGUUGUAAACCAGCAUGCCAUAUGAUAUGGGCUUUUGAUGUACUAUUUAAAAAACGAGCAGGAGUGUUUUAUUAGGCUUAAAGCCACGAGCGCGCAGCGCGAGUGGCUUUAGACCUAAUAUUAAAACACGACCUGCGAGUUUUUUAAAUGGCUUCAAAAACGUUUGCAUAAUAAUUAAGUCAAAUCUUUAUAUAAAAAUCUUUAUAUAAAAAUCUUUAUAUAAAAAUCUUUAUAUAAAAAUCUUUAAUAGUUUGCAUAACAAUGGUCUUUUGUUAAAGUGUUCUUUAGCUGGUAUAAAGACGUAUGCACGUGACUAAUUUCUUACUCAAGAUUGGAUAAUUGCUUCAUGAAUUAUUAAUGAGUUUUUUGAAGUAUUGUUCAAAAACUCAUUAAUAAUUCAUGAAUCAAUUAUCCAAUCUUGAGCAAGAAAUUAGUCACGUGCAUACGUCUUUAUACCAGCUAAAGAACACUUUAACAAAAGACCAUUGUUAUGCAAACUAUAUAAAGAUUUUUAUAUAAAGAUUUUUAUAUAAAGAUUUUUAUAUAAAGAUUUUUAUACAAAGAUUUGACUUAUUAUGCAAACGUUUUUGAAGCCAUUUAAAAAACUCACAGGUCGUGUUUUAUUAGUUCUAAAGCCACUCGCGCUGCGCUCGUACUCGUUUUAUAAAUAGUACUUAAAAGUUCUUUCAAAUGAGAAAAGAAUUUUUUUUGCCAUUUCCCUAAGUGGACAAACAAAAGCGGGAUGCUUGAAUAAACCUUUCCAGUAAUUACGCCACAACUAUACUGUUUUCAACUUAGAACCGCCUUAAGCGGAAUGGAUUUUAAUUUCUUUUCUCACGGGCUGUGGUCAGAGGCGCAGAACGUCCCUCUUCAACACAUGCAUAAAAAAGGAUUUUGACCAAUAAAUGUGGAAAUAAGCUUAAACACGAAAACAAGUCGUGUUUAAGCUGAUUUCCACACUUGUUGGUCAAAAUCCAGAAUUCGUUUUUACAAUUCCAAUAAUCUUCUUUUUGCUGCUUUUGGAAGGGUAAUUAAAAAUUUAUGGUUACUUCGAUUUGCGUAGUCUUUCUCAGUUAAAAUGGGCAAUCAAGAACAUAAAAUGGGUUUGCAUAAUCACCUGCUGUGAAUCAGAUUGGGAAUGUACAUGUGCAUGGUGGUCGUGUGACUGGUUUCAGGCAGACUUUCAGCUGCGAAAAUGAGAUCAAAACUUGUUUCAUGAUCUUCUUUGCACUUUUUCUUUAUGUUGUCGCUGCCGGAACAAUUCCCUUUGUUUUUGAAACUAUUUAACAGAUAAAAGUGAAGGCGGUGUCAAAAGUCAAUAAAUAGAUAAAGGAAGGCUAAACCAUUGCAUGGAAAGAGCAUCCCAAAUUUACAUUUGAUUUUGCUCAUUACUAGCUUUGGUUUGCGACCAAAACAGUGCAUGGGCGAUAUCAAGCAUAUCUAAAGUCCAUUUUCCACUAGGCGAAUUUUUCGCGCGGAAAAUGUAGCGAACAAAAAUCUUGGCAAUGUGAUUAUUCAGCGAAAAAAUUCGUGGCGAAAAAGUUUGAUCAGUUCCUACGGUUUUGCUGUUCGCGUGAACAAAUUCACAUAGUGCAUGGAAAGUGGGCUUAAUAUUGCACAGUCCGUAGUGAACCAAAGCUUUCUCACUUGUUUAAUUAAAGCAUCCUCUUUCGAGUUUCACUAAAUUUGAAUAAACACGUUAGAAUGGCGAACGUUAAAUAAUUGGAAAUCAAAUUCUAUCAAUUAUAUAGUCGUGAACUUGAGACACCGGUCUUCUUGAACAACAUGCACAUAUUUCAAAAUACUAAGCUUAAUUAAUAAGGCUUAUGUUCUACGCCCAAUUUGUAGAAAUUUGAUGAAAUGUUUUCAUUUCUCCUCAUAUAUUAAACUUAACCCACAGCCAUAUUAUUUACAUCGAUUUCAGUUAGCUAUCUCAACAAUUUCUAUCUGUUCUUAAUAUCAACUAUAUAUCUAACUAAUAUGUUUCGAAGGAGAAGGAAAAUUUUGGAAGAAUUAUACCAAGAAAAUUGUAGCUGUACUUAAUUAUAAAAAAAUGGACAAAUUUUUUUGUUCUUUAGAUGCUCUUCAUUGCUACCAAAGGUUCUAGUUAUAGAAGUGAUAUAGCAUUGGAUGAUAUUACUUUUAAAAACCAGGCUUGUUUACCAUCGAUAAGUACUACAACUAUUCCAAGUAUAACGGGUAAGUAUUCUUUUUUUAGUAUUUCUUUUGUUUUUAGUAUUUUUUUCAUUAUUUAGGGUAAGUAUAUUUCGAACUAUAUUUGUAAGAUACAUAACAACAAGAGGGAAAUUUAUCGUCGCCGCGACCAAAAAAUUGCGGGCAGAAACAGAACCCAUUGCAUUCACGUUAGUGAUUUGCAUUCAAAACAAAGCAUAGCAGAAAGUUAGCAAGAAACUGUUUUAGCUGACGAUUUUUUGCUUUUCUUCGAUCAUGAAUUCCUUGUUUUGGAAUGAUUGGUUUUUGUAAUCGAGUGAUUGGAAGAAGUAAAUAUGGCGACGUGAACAUAGGAGUAAAUACUGUAUAGUAUUACGUCAAGUUAUGGUUUGCCAAAAACCGUAAUAAAGAAAGAAAAACGUGAUAUGAGAAUGAAAUAUACGUUAAAAUUAAUUUCAUGUGCCUCAAAUUUUCCAUCCUAUGUUUCUUAAUGUAACUUCAGCAGUCUAAUUUCAAAACAGAAGCUCGCGAAAUUUGAAAAUUUUGAAAAUAUGUAAAAAUAGUUUGGCUUUCAACUGUAUUUUUUUAAAAAUAGCCCGUGGCGUCAAUUUCAAAUAUAGCUAAAUGAAAAGAAAAUUUUUUUCGGCGUUUGCAGGUAUCAAACAUAUCGUCAGGAAAAUUGGGGCUCGCAAUGUAUAGCUUUGUCUAUGUACAGCUAAGAUCCAGUUGCUUCGCAGUCAUGUGUUUUUGUCUAAUUUUUGGCAAGAAUCAAUGGCCGAAAGGUGAAUUUCCUUAUAUGAAAACCGCCUAGCUUGGGAAUAUGAUCUAGUUUCACAAUUUAGCUCUUAUUCUUGAUUACAUGACCUGCGCACAUUUUGGUUACACGUUAAAUAUUUUUGUACUUGAUGCUAUUCAAAAUUUUCUGUAUUUUCAAGCCCGGCUUCAGUGUAAUUUUGGUGAUGACUGGAAAAGAAAUGAUGAUAUUCUAAAAGCUAGUAAAACUGGGCGCGGCCUCAAGAUAAAACUUUCCAAACAUUUUCUGUAUUUCAUGAAUUUUUAUUUGAUAUCUUAGCUAUAAGCAUAAAAAUAUAGGGGCUCUUACAAUUUACAAGGUUACUAGAAAAUACAUGCAUGCAGAAACCCUCGCUUUGCUGACAAAACCGUUGUAUUUUCCGAACGUGAAGCAUUUCAAGUAGUCAUGGUAACACGAUAAUUUUUUAAGAAUAUUUUUACAAAUGAAAAAUCCCCUAAAAAUAUCACUUUUAAUUACAAAAUUAUCAAUUUCGCAAACAUUUAUAUGUGAGGUAUGUUCCCCGAGCCAAACGGAGCGCCGUUUCCGGCGUAAGUCCGGGCGAGGGUACUAAUUCCGCCCGGUUAUUUACAUCCGGGGUUCAAGUUCAUCAAUGAUCGCGGGUGUGGGUGACCAACGGUGUUGAGUGGGUGGUCAUCCUCACUGAUCUCAAAAUAUGCACCGGACUGUCAUGGAUAGCGAACUCUGUUUGGUCCAAUUUAAAAUUUGUUGUUGUACGACAAAUGACGACAGCGAAAUAACAAACAUUUCUUGCAAAUAUAUUGUAUUUUUGGAAGAUUUUGCAACUUUCAAAACCUUUUUGAGAGCAGGAAACCGUCUGAAUACGUCUAAAAGAAUGGAGCAAAGUCGCCGACGUUAAUAAAGGUAAGUUUGUUUUUAGUACUGCAGUACUCCUUGCUUUACAAUUGCUUUAAAAACUGAUACGAUCCGUUGCGUAUAGUAAAGUGAAAACAAUUUCAGUGUAUUUUUAUUAAUAUUACCAUUUUUUGGAUAUUAAAAUAUUUAAAUAAAGAGGAAGGCAAAGUUAUUUUCGUGCAACAAUUUGAAAUCAGUUUAUUUCAAUAUUCAAACUCAAUGUUUACCGAUAAAAGGGAGUUCAGUUUUAAGAACAUUUUAAAACGUUUUGCGAAGCGUUUGUGGUUGAAUUUUAGAUUAAAUUGAAGCUUAUAUUACGUAUAAUAACAUACCUAGCAUAUAUAUGUUUGGAAAAUUGAUCAUUUUGUAAUUAAAAGUGAUAUUUGGGGGAAUUUUUCAAGUUUAAAACUAUUCUUAAAAUUAUCGUGUUACCAUGACAAUACUUCAUGUUUGGAAAACAUAAUGGUUUUGUCAGCAAGACGAGGGUUUCUGCAUGCAUGUAAUUUUCUAGUAUUAUAAUAAAUAUAAGCUUCAAUUUAAGGUAAAAUUCAACCACAAACGCUUUGCAGAACGUUUUAAAGUGUUCCUUUAAUAUAGAACUAAACUGCCUUUAUCGAUAAGCUUUGAGUUUGAAAUAAAAUGAUUCCAAAUUCUCGCAUGCAAUUAACUUUGCUUAUUAUGAUAAAAAUGGUAUUUAAUAAAGAAACACUGAAAUAAUAUGCUAUCUUGUUUCAUAUUUAUACGCAGCGAUCGGCUUUUAAAGUAAUUACAGUAUAUUAAAAGCAAACAGUGCAUCAAUAUUUAAAACAAACGUACCUUCGUUAACGUCGGCGCCGUUACUCAAUUCUUUUAGCAAUUCUUUCGCCUUUAUUUUAUCAAAAAGUUUUUGAAAUUUGCAAAAUCUUGCAAAAAUGAAAUAUAUUUGCAAGAAAACAUCAAAUCAUAAAACGUUUGCUAUUUCGUUGUCGUAUUCAGUCGUUAUAAUGCAAAUUUAAAUUGGACCAAUCAGUGUUGGCGGCUAUUCAUGACAGUCCGCUAUAUUAUGAGGUCAGUGAGGAUGACGACCCACGUACAGUAAGAUACGCCCGCGAAUAUUGAUGAACUUUAGACUUCGCUAAUUUUUUCUUUUCCCCGCGGGUGUAAACAGCCUGGCGGAAUUUGUACCCUCGCACGGCGCUUCGCGCCGUUGGCUCGGAGAUAAAAUGUAUGACGUGCCUUUAUUUUCAUGUAAACAUUCAAAAUGAUUCAACAGCAAAAUAGCAACUGUUUCAGAUCGAAUGCACACGGACAGCAUACCAGGGACAAUUGCAGGGUCAUGAAAUAGCAUGUCACUAACAAAUUCCGUAUGAUUAAUUUAGAUCAUGUCCAUUUUUAACAUAAAACAGUCAGUUAUUUUGUACCAAACAUUUGCCACUUUUUAAUACACAUGCAAUUUGCGCCUUUUUGUAAACACUCGCUGCAUGUAUUCCACGCAAUUGCGUAGCCCCUUUUGCUCGCGCAUGCUCAGACAAAUUUCUUACUUGUCACACAUGACAGUUUCUGUAAGGUGCUCAAAUAUUCUGUACAUUAAAGAGGCUCAAAUUUGACUUCUAUUACAACCGCCUUUCGCUGACUUAAUACGCAUUUGAUUGGUUAAUCAGGUAGAUUAAACGCAUCUGUUUGGUUGCUGAUAGCGAUAUCGAGUUUCGAUGUAACGUCACUGCCCCCGAAUUUCCAUUAAAUUAUUGCAAGCUAGUGUAGAACCCAAAUCCGUAAUGGGGGCAAGAGUUCGAAAGGCAUAGUUUUCUAGUUGUUACUUUUGAAUGGGCAAUAAAACAUUGAUAUCAAAAAUUAUUCAGAGCAUGGUUUAUUUUCACCACAUCAUUCUCUGAAUUGACCUUGGUCCGACAAAUACUUGACAUAAUAUUUAGCUUUACCCAAUAAUUGUGUAAUAAAAUAUUGGUAAAUACCGUAAACGUGGUGUUUCCAUCAACCAAACUUGUAUAGCACUUUUGCAAUGCGAAAAUACACAUCUUAUCAACUCCGCUCUUUUCUUGUUCACAACAUGUCAUUGCUCUCCCCAGUAGGUUUGUGCUAAUCACGCCGUUCUGGAUAUCUUCCAUUAGAGAGGUUCAGAUACCCCGUUUUCGGUGUUCGUGUACGGGUAGCAUGAUUUUGUUUAGCAAUAUUUUCGUCUAUGUCUGUACCUUUACUCGUAAUUAAGGUGCACAUGCAUCUAUUGCAAGAAAACAGAAAAAAAGUUUGAUCAAAUUACAGACAUCACUAAGACAAGAUGACACUACUCGUAACCGUACACCGAAACCGGGGUAUCCUAACCUCUCGAUGACCUUUAUUUGUACUUGGCAGAUUAAUGCAUUAUGCAAUGGUAAAUAAGACCCACUUAUAUUUGUCGUUGUUUCCUUGUUCUAACCUAGGCCAAGACAAUUGCAAUUUUGAAAAUGGAUGGUGUAUAUGGCGUAAUUUUAAUAAAUUGUGGUAUCGGCAGUCAGGAGGAACAAGAUCUUAUGGAACUGGUCCUAAGGGAGAUAACAGUGGGCUUAAAGGAGGUGAGUGUACACGGAUUGAUUUGUGAAGCUGAGUUUACGCUAUGAGACUUUGUCUGUCCUGAACUUAAGCUUAAAUCGUUGUUUUGAUUGUGAAAACAAACCAUGACCAAGCCAGAGAAUAUCUUAGCCCACUGAUAUAUAUCUUCUGUCUGGAAACUGAAGUUAGCGAAAGUCAGAUUUGGGGAAAUGUGAACACUCUCUUCAAAUUUCUUAUGACGGAACUGUCUCUAAGCCGAAUUUUUAAACUUUAUUGUUGGAGUAUAAUUCGGACGACAGCCUUACAAAAUAAUCGUUUUACUAAUUACAAUGCUUUGGAGUGUAACUCCAUCUUCAGGUUUAUAAAAUGAUACGAUGAGAAAUCCAAUCAACAACAAUGAAUCUUUUUAAUCCCUUUGGUAAAAAGGUUUUAUUUCGUACCUCUUUUAAAUCCAAAAAUGAAGCUGUAAAUAAUAAAGAAUUAUGUGCUUAACUUGUAGGCGGAUUGACUUAAACACUGAAAUGUAAACAGUGUUAAGGUAUCACACUUACCUAGGUUUUGCUUUAGUUCAGCUUUAGACACAACAAGAAUCGCAGUCUUAACACGGCCUAAUACAUCGUGGAUAUAGUACGGACUCAUGUUCCUUUGUUACUGCUUAAUUGUUCCAGGGCACCAGGAACCACGGUGUGCAGCGGCUCAAGCUGCGCAAUUUGCCUUUCGUAAUCACAACCUUUUAUUGCAUUGCGGUUGGAGACUUCGUGGCGUCCAUCGUCUGCACAGCAUUACACCCAAAACGUUAGGUAAAUGGUGCCCUUGCAGCCGCUCAACUUGUGAUUCUGACAGCCCUGGUCUUUCCCCAAUUGCAAUCGUAUGUAUUGUCUUCUCUCAACCGCACAUUGUUUGUCCACGCAAUGUUGUCCACCCAAUUAUUCCUAUAACUCUGGUGCCUUUUAAUUGCUUUAAAAAUAAAAGUUUUGACAAAUUAUUAGACUAUAAUUUGAAAACAACAUAAGGUGGUAUGGAUUAUCCAAAUUUUGAUUUUAAAUAAAUCCAAUUAGUAUUAUAUAGCAACUUGGUAGCAAUCAGAUCCCCCAAGGAGUAGCUGAUCUAUGUUGUUUGCUUAGAAUUUAUCCCAUGCAAAGCUAUGAAAGAGGCAACAUUAAUAUGUCGUUCAAUUUCAUUCUUCUCAUCCUGAUAUUUAGGUAUAUAUCUGUAAGUCAAUCAUCAGAUUAUGACAAAAAAUUCUUUAGUAACAUCUGAAAUGCGUAAUGUCUUUCUUCUAGGUCACUAUAUCUACUUUGAAAGUUCGUCGCCUGUCAAAACUGGGCAACAAGGGACAGUGGAAAGUAAGAUAUUUGGGCCAACUAAGGCAACUUGUAUGUCAUUCUAUUUCUCGAUGUACGGAGAUACAAUGGGAAAGUUGACAAUUUAUAUAGAAGACAUAAGCAAGCCGCCGCAGAAUAACAGAAAAAAAGUUUGGGAGAAGAUUGGAAACCAAGGAAUAUCAUGGCAAAAUUCUAGAGUCACAAUUUACAGCAAUUCUCCUUUCAAGGUAAUGACUGAGUUUUUUUUUUUGGGGGGGGGGGGGUAGUGGAGUUGUGGUAGGAGUGGGUGUCGUGGAAAGAUAAAAUGGUGUUGAAAUUAUUCAGCAGACGAGAAUCAAGGAAGUGUUAAAAGUGAUAAAUAUUUAAAUUGAAAAGCUACACUACUGCAGAGAUCAUCCCAAAUUUAGACUUGUUUUUGCUCGGUACGUAUACUCUCGUUUAUAGAGUGAAUGCAAAGCACGAAUAAAUUCCAUUUGCGAUCUGAACAGCAGCGGGCGAAACAAUGCAUAUGAACCUUCAUUUAAUCUUCGAAAUCUGUAAUUAUCCAAAACUUAGCCAAAAUUAGCAUCCUCUUGUGAGUUUCUUUCAUUGCUUAGUUUGUACACCACAUUUAUAGAAACACAUUGAAAAUUUUCAUUUCUCACCAUACAUUAAAAAGAAGGGUAAAAUGCGUACUUCGAUUUGCGUAGUCUUGAUGGGCAAUCAAGAACUUAUGGGUUUGCAUAAUCAUCUGCAGUGAAUCAGAUUGGGAAUGUACAUGUGCAUGGUGGUCGUGUGACUGGUUUCAGGCAGACUCUCAGCUGCGAAAAUGAGAUUGAAACUUGUUUCAUGAUCCUCUUUGCCCUUUUUCUUUAUGUUUUAUUAUCUAAAUUAUUUAACAGAUAAAAGUGAAGGCAGUGUCAAACGUCAAUAAAUAGAUAAAGGAAUGCUAAACCAUGCAUGGAAAGAGCAUCCCAAAGUUACAUUGAUUUUGCUCGUUACUUUGGUGUGCGACCAAAACACGUGAACAAAUUCACAUAGUGCAUGGAAAGUGGGCUUAAUAUUGCACAUUCCGUAGUGAGCCAAAGUUUUCUCACUUGUUUAAAGCAUCCUCUUUCGAGUCUCACUAAAUCAGUUGAAUAAAUGCGUUAGAAUGGUGAACGUUAAAUAAAUAUUUGGAAAGCAAUUUCUAUAUUAAUUAUAGUCGUGAACUUGAGAGACCUUGAAAAUACUAAACUUAAUAAGGCAUAUGUUCUACGCCGAAUUGGUAGAAAUUUGAUGAAAUGUUUUCAUUUGUCCUCAUAUAUUAAACGUAACCCACAGCCAUAUUAUUUACAUCGAUUUCAGUUGGGUAACUCAACAAUUUCUAUCUGUUCUUAAUAUCAGCUAGAUAUCUAGCUAAUAUGUUUCGAAGGAGAAGAAAAUUUUAGAAGAAUUACCAUUAAAAUUAUAGCUGUAAUUAGUUAUAGAAAAUAGACAUUUUUUUUGUUCAUUAGAUGCUCUUCAUUGCUACCAAAGGUUCUAGUUAUAGAAGUGAUAUAGCAUUGGAUGAUAUUACUUUUAAAAACCAGCCGUGUUUACCAUCGAUAAGUACUACAACAAUUCCAAGUAUAACUGGUAAGUAUUCAUUUAAUUUUUAGUAUUUCUUUUUUCAUUAUUUUUUUUAUUAUUUCGGGUAAAUAUUUCGAACUAUAUUUUUGAGAUACAUGACAACAAGAGGGAAAUUUGUCGUCGCUGACCAAAAAAUCGCCAGCAGAAACAGAACCCAUUGCAUUCACGUCAGUGAUUUACAUUCAAAACAAAGCAUGGCAGAAAGUUAGCAAGAAUAUUUUUACAAAUGAAAAAUCCCCUAAAAUUAUUACUUUUAAUUAAUUACAGAAUUAUCAAUUUCCCAAACAUAUAUAUGUUAGGUAUAUUAAUAAUUAUUAUAAUAAAUAUAAGCUUCAAUUUAAGGUAAAAUUCAACCAGAAACGAUUCGCAAAACGUUUUAAAGUGUUCCUUUAAUAUAUGACUAAACUGCCUUUAUCGAUAAACUUUGAGUUUGAAGUAAAAUGAUUCCAAAUUCUCGCAUGCAAUUAACUUUGCUUAUUUUAAUAAAAAUGGUAAUUAAUAAAGAAACACUGAAAUAAUAUGCUGUCUUGUUUCAUAUUUAUACGCAACGAUCGGCUUUUAAAGUAAUUACAGUAUAUUAAAAGCAAACAAUGCAUCAAUAUUUAAAACAAACUUACCUUCUCGGCGCCUUUACUCCCUUCUUUUAGCAAUUAUUUCGUCUUUAUUUUAUCAAAAACCUUUUGAAAUUUACAAAAUCUUGCAAAAAUGAAAUAUAUUUGCACGAAAACAUCAAAUCAAGAAAUGUUUGCUAUUUCGCUGUCGUCCUGCAAUCGUUAUAAUGCAAAUCUUGAAUUGGACCAAUCAGUGUUGGCUAUUCAUGACAGUGCGCUAUAUUAUGAGAUCAGUCAGGAUGACGACCGACGCACAGUGACCCACACCCCUGAUUAUUGAUCAACUUUAGUCUUCGCUAAUGCUUUCGUUUCCCCGUGUGUAAAUAGCCCGGCGGAAUUAAUACCCGCACGGCGCUUCGCGACGUUGGCUCGGGGAUAAAAUGCAUGACGUGCCUUUAUUUUCAUGUAAACAAUCAAAAAUAUUUCAACAGUAAAGUAACAACUGUUUCAGAUCGAACGCACACGGACAGUAUACCAGGGACAAUGACAGGGUACUGAAAUGGCAUGUCACUAACAUGAUUAGUUUAGCCAUCAUGUCCAUUUUUAACAUAAAACAGUCACAACAAAUAUCAUCAUUAACACCACAAAUAUCAUAUUCACCUGAGUACACUACACCAACACAGAAAAUAUUCAUAUUACUAGAAUACAUUGGUAUCGAAGGAACUAGAUACUGUUCCUAAAUAUCACUUACUCGAACCGUCCUGACCGUGUAGCUCAGUUGGAAGAGCACUGAGCUAGUUUUCCAAAGGUCGUAGGUUCGAAUCCCACCGUGGCCGGGCAUGUUUUUCAAGCUCGCCCGGUGUGGAUAUACACUCAGAGUAACACCACAAAUAUCAUAUUCACCUGAGUACACUACACCAACACAGAAAAUAGUCACUUAUUUUGUACCAAACAUUUGCCAUUAUUUUAAUACACAUGCAAUUGCGCCUUUUUGUAAACACGCGCUGCGUGUAUUGCGUGGCCGCUUUUGCUAGCGCAUGCGCAGACAAAUUUCUCACUUGUUAUACAUGACAGUUUCUAUAAGGUGCUCAAAUAUUCUGUACAUUAAAGAGGCUCAAAUUUGACUUUUACUACAAACGCCCUUCGUCGACUUAAUACGCAUUUGAUUGGUGAACCAGGAAUAGAUUAAACGCAUUUGUUUGGCUAAUGAUAGCGGUAUAGGUAGUAGAAGACAGAACCUGAACAUCAGCAUAGUAACUUUUACAAGGCAAACUUUUAGUUGCCAGAAUAAUGCAAAGUAUGUCCACAAGGAUCUAACUUAGUUUUGAAAUGUUUUUUGACGGAACUUGAGAGUAUCAUAGUCUUAGUGUUACGUCACUGCCCCUGAAUUUCGAUUAAAAAUGUAUUAUUGCACGCUAUAGAACCCAGUCCGUAAUGGGGGCAAGAGCUUGAAAGGCAUAGUUUUAAAGUUGUUACUUUUGAAUGGCGAAUAAAAAAAUGAAAUAAAAAAUUAUUCAGAGCAUGGCUUAUGUUGUCCACAUCAUGUUUUGAAUUGACCUUGGUCCGACAAAUACUUGACAUAAUAUUGAGCUUUAUCCAAUAAUUUGUAACAUAUAUAUUAAUAAAUACCGUAAACGUGGUGUUGCCACCAACCAAACUUGUCCCGGGGCGCGGUUACUAAUUCCGCAUUAGCGAAGUCUAAAGUUCAUCAAUGAUCGCGGGCGUGGGUCACAAACCGUGGGUGGUCAUCCAGACUGAUCUAAAAAAUAUGGCUGUUUGCCAGGAGUGGGAUAAAUAAGAUUUCAAUUUUCAAAAGCAUUUAUUUGGAAAAUCACCCGUUUCACACAAUGAGCUUUGAAGCAAUUUUUGUUUGAAGAAAUGAGAAGAAUUGAUUUACUUUGGAAAAUCGUGGAAUAUUGGGCAAGUUUGCUUUGAAAUGUUUAAUGUUUAUGAAUUUUGUUGCUUUAAUUUAUUGCAUAAAAAACAUGCACUACUUUCCUUUUCAAUGAAGCUGUAUUACAGUUUGCUAAAUUGCCAUGUUUAAUUUAAGAAGAAAAGGUAAAAUGUAAAAGAGAGCAAAUUAAUUUCAAAACCGAACUGAAAUUACUGAACAAUUUGAAUUUAUUUUGUUUUAUAAAGUAAAAAUUAAACAGUUUAUCGGAAAAAGCAAUUUAUAGUUUAAUAUUAUAAAAAUGAACGUUUCAAAACAUUUUACGAACCAAUUCAGGUUAAAUUUUACAUUAAAUCAAAGCUCACAGAAUGCAGAACAACGUACCUACAGUACAUAUUUGAGAAAUUCAUUGUUAUAUUUUUAACAGCAAUAAUUUUUCAACUAUUUUUGGCGUGUUGACACAGAUUAAUAGAACUUAAUCUGUGGUAUUGACGUUGUACAAAAAAUGUAAUAAAAAUUAAAUUUAUCCAACACUGACGUAAACGCUAGCCUGCGUUCAGUGUUGAUCAAUUACUAAUACUUCAUGUUAAAUCAAUGUUUGGAAAAUACAUGCGAGGGGUUGGUGCAUGCAUGUACAGCAAUUUUCGUCCAAGCACAAACCGCAAACAUUUUCGCGCGUUUGUUUACUUUUGAAACGGGGCGUUUACCGUUGGAAACGCAAAUGUUUCACUGCUCAUUCGACAUGUUAUAGUGAAAAGCCUAAUUCAGUUAUUUUUCAUGUUUUGAUGUGCUUUCGUGUACUUUUCAGUGUUUCCAAGCUCACGAUAUUGUAAGAGCGGCCAAACUUGUUUAUAUUCAUACUUUUUGUGACUAGAACGUAUUAUCAUGGGCUGGAAAAUAUUGAAACGUGCACGGAGGCACAUCAAAACAUGACAGUUGCGCCAAAAAUAGCUUAAGGCUUUUCAAUGUGAAACGUCAUAUGAGCGGUGAAACAUUUCAGUUUCCAACGGUAAACGCCCCGUUUCAAACGUAAACAAACGCGCGAAAAUGUUUGCGGUUUGUGCUUGGACGAAAAUUGCUGUAUUUCUAGUAUAACACUAUUGCAAUGCGAAAAUACACAUCUUAUAAAGUACAUAUAAUACACACCUUUUCUUGUUUACAACAUGUCAUUGAUCUCCCCAGUAGGUUUGUGCUAAUCACGCCGUUCUGGAUAUCUUCCAUUACCUUUAUUUGUACCUGGCAGAUUAAUGCAUUAUGCAAUGGUAAAUAAGACCCACUUAUAUAUGUUGUUGUUUGCCUUGUCCUGACCUAGGUCAAGACAAUUGCGAUUUUAACAAUGGAUGGUGUAUAUGGCGUAAUGUUAAUAAAUUGUGGUAUCGGCAGUCAGGAGGAACAAAAUCUUAUAGAACUGGUCCUACGGGAGAUAACAGUGGCCUUAAAGGAGGUGAGUGUACACGGAUUGAUUUGUGAAGCUGAGUUUACGCUAUGAGACUUUGUCCUGAACUUUGAUAAGCUUAAGCUUAGAUCGUUAUUUCGAUAGUCAAAACAAACCAUGACCAAGCCAGAACAGCUUAGCCCACUGAUAGAUAUCUUCGGUCUGGAGACUGGAGUUAGCGAAAGUCAGAUUUGGGGAAAUUUGAACACACUCUCCAAUUUUUUUAUAUGAUGGAACUGUCUCUAAGCCGCAUUUUUAAACUUCAUUGUUGAAGUAAUUCGGACGACAGCCUUACAAAAUAAUCGUUUUACUAAUUACAAUGCUUUGGAGUGUAACUCCAUCUUCAGGUUUAUAAAAUGAUACGAUGAGAAAUCCAAUCAAGAACAAUGAAUUUUUUUAAAUCCCUUUGUUAAAAAGGUUUUAUUAUUUUUUGUAACUCUUUUAAAUCAGGGAAUGAAGUUGUAAUUCAAUAAAGAAUUAUUGGCUUAGUUAUAUGCUGAUGGCUUAAACACUGAAAUGUAAAGAGUGUUAAGGUCACUUACCUUGGUUAUGCUUUAGUUCAGCUUUAAAUAGGACAAGAAUCGCAGUCUUAACACGGCUUAAUACAUCGUGCAUAUAGUACGGACUCAUGUUACUUUGUCACACUGCUUGUUCCAGGGCACCCGAAACCACGUGUGCAGCUGCUCAAGCAGCGCAAUUUGCCUUUCGUAAUCACAACAUUUUGGCUGCAUUGCAGUUGGAGACUUCGUUGCAUCCAUCGUCUGCACAGCAUUGCACCCAGAAAGUUACGAUUACAAUAGGUAAAUUGUGCACUUGCAGCCGCUGAACUCGUGGUUCUGACAGCUCUGGUCUUUCUCCAAUUGCAAUCGUAUGUCUUGUCUUUUCUCAACCGCACCUAGUUUGUCCAUGCAAUGUUGUCCACCCAACGAUUAAUAUAACUCUCGUGCCUUUUAAUUGCUAUAAAAAAUUAAAGUUUUGACUAAAUAUUUGACUAUAAUUUAGGAACGACAUAAGGUGGUAUGGAUUGUUCAAAUUUUGUUUUUAAAUAAAUACAAUUAGUAUUAUAUAGCAACUCGGUAGCAAUCACAUGCCCAAGGGGUAGCUGAUCUAUUUUGUUCGCUUAGAAUUUAUCCCACAGAAAUGAAAGAGGCAACAUUACUAUGUCGUUCAAUUUCAUUCUUCUCAUACCGAUAUUUAGGUGUAUAUCUCUAAGUCAAUCAUCAGAUUAUGACCUAAGACAUCUUUAGUAACAUCUGAAAUGCGUAAUGUCUUUCCUCUAGGUCAUUAUAUCUACUUUGAAAGUUCGUCGCCUGUAAAAACUGGGGAACAAGGCAUUGUGGAAAGUAAGAUAUUUGGUCCAACUCAGGCAACAUGUAUGUCAUUCUACUUCUCGAUGUACGGAGAUACAAUGGGAAAGUUGACAGUUUAUAUAGAAGAAAUAAACAAGCUGCCGCCGCAGAAUAACAGAAAAAAAGUUUGGGAGAAGAUUGGAAACCAAGGAAUAUCAUGGCAAAAUUUUAGAAUCACAAUUUCCAGCAAUUCUUCUUUCAAGGUAAUGACUGAGCUUUGGGGGGUAGGAGUUGGUGUCGUGGAAAGAUAAAAUGGUAUCUUCUUAGUCUGUUAAAGUGUGGUAUAACCAAUCAUGAAGCCGGAUUUGCACAAAUCAUCUCCAGGGAAUAAGAUUUGGAAUGUGACUGGUCUCACACAGAAGUUAACCUGAGAAAGUGGAAUUGUAAUUCGCUCCACAAUCUUCUUUUUCCGCUUUCUUCAUGAUUUCGUUGCUGGAGUAUUCGCUACGUUUUUUGAAAUUAUUCAGCAGACAAGAAUCAAGGAAUUGUUAAAAAUGAUAAAUAUUUGAAUGAAAAUGCUACACUACUGCAGAUAUCAUCCCAGAGUUAGACUUGUUUUUGCUCGAUAUACUUUCGCUUUCAGUGUGAAUGCAAAGCACGAACAAAUUCCAUUUGCGAUCUGAACAGCAACGGGCGAAACAAUGAUAUCAACCUUAAUAUCGACAUUCAAUCGGGCGAAACAAUGAUAUCAACCAUAUUAUCUGACAUUCAAUCUUCCAAAACGUUGCCAAAAUUAGCAUCCUCUUGUGAGCUUCUUUCAUAGCUUAGUUUCUACACCACAUUUAUAGAAACAUAUUGAAAAUUUUUCUUUCCUCACCAUACAUUAAAUAGAAGAGUUGCCUCAUUAUCCACAACGAUUUAAGUAACAGGAACUACAGUACAAUAAAGUGAUUAAACUGGUUAGGCGACUUUUGUCUGGUGUCUAUAAAAUUUGAUAUUGACCUACAAUAUACUUAAGAACGACAACAAUUUUUAGAAAAGGUAUAAAAUUGCUGCAUUGGGUUAUUUUAUUUUAAAUCUUUAUUAAUUUGUUUUAGAUACUCUUCAUUGCUACCAAGGGUUCUAGUUAUCGCAGUGAUAUAGCGUUGGAUGAUAUUACCUUUAAAAUCCAGGCAUGUUGAACCAUGAUAAAUACUACAAAUAUUCCAACUACACCGGGUAAGUAUUCUUCCAAAUUUUUCCAUUACAUCACUGAGACUUUCUAAGGUAUUCAAAUGUUUUAUAAUGUGUAACUCGUGAAUUUUUAGAGCACAAUCUUUUAGUUCGAGAAUGAUGCGAAACAUUCCUAUAAAUAUUUCAGUUUUCGCGUUUCUAUACAGUUAUACAUAGAAAUACACGCAGACGUUUCAGACGUUUGGGAGAACGAGAACUAAUCUGUGGAAAAGGGGGCAGAAGGGCGAAUUUUUCACGUUAUUUCAAAUUUGACCACGUUAUUUCCACGCUAUUUUUUAUGACUUCUCAAGGCUUCCAUCAUAAUAAUUCUUGAUAUUAUGCUUAGAUUUACCCACUAUGCUGAAAAUAUAGGACUCGAUAAACAACGAAAAUAACGCUGCCUCAAAGAAGUCAUAUUCAUAGCUAUUUGAUGAACACCUCCUAUUUUUUGUGUAGAAAAAAAGAAUCGCCAAUUGCAGAACAGACGAACGCUUGAACAACAAAAAUAGUUUCUUACUAAUAAUUAUUCUUUCGCAAAUUUUUUUAAUUAUUUUGAAUAACCACAAUAAUGUCGUUUAAGUAGUAUUUGUAAGUUAGCAUUAAAAAGUUAGAUUUACGGUAUUGUAAAUUUGAGAAAAACGUCUAUUAAUAACGUUUUCUUGCAUAGUUGUUAU